AUGCCUGCCAAUAUCUGCCUGCCGAUCGACGAACCCGUCACUGUCGUUGACUCGUUAGAAGCCGCGGCGUCGCGUUGUUACCGGGAGGCAUUGUCUGGCCAAUCUCAGGAAGUGGCCGAGCUUAAAGAAAAGAUGCUAGCUCUGCAGCAAAUUGUCAGCACGCUGAAUGGCGACGAAGGAAGGAAGAGAAAGAGAGGAAAGGCUCAGGCGUGGGAGAAGAAUUCAAACAUCGAGUCCUGGGUGCAUGCUGGCGUCCGCCGUCUGCUGGGGAUGUCCGAAAUGGGAAGGAAGGUCCACUUUGCGCCAGAAAAGUGGCCCGACUAUGACGGCCCCAAUGCACGAUUAUCAACGUACCUGUUGCGGGAACUUCUUAAAGGGCCCGAGGAAGGCAUUAUGCUUGAAGCUGAUUAA